CAGUGGUGGUUUGCUGCAUCGCCUCACGAGGUCAAGAUUGUACUUCUCGCCAAGUUUGACCAUACGCAACGCAAGAUCGUCUUGGAAUGGUGGGAAGAGGAGACAUCACCAGGCCCAACGACCCUGGAGCCGGUCAAACGGCAGGAGAUCACCAUCCGUCAGAACGAAGCGAUGGACCCAGUCUUUUAUGAGGUUUCCGGAGGACCGUUGGUGCUGGGGUUUGAGCUCCUUUUCCUUUGA